AUGCAUCGUCUUUUUACUGAGCUGGAGCCAUCUAUUACUGUCACCGAGCAAAACCUGGCAGACCGAGUUCGGUAUAUCUUACGCUCAAAUAUAUUUGAUGGCGCCGAACUCGAACGGCUACGACGUGAGGCUGUUCCCUCAUCAAAUGAAAACGCUACGACUGAGGGUGCGGUGCCACAAGUUGCAGAACAACCCGCACACGUGGAUGCCGCCGAGAAUACCCCAGUGGUUGCUGAUUCAAAUGAUGAUGGAACAUUCACCCAGGAACUAGAAAUAGAGCAAAUGAGGAGUACAUUGGAAGAGGCGAUUAUGGAAACGCGCAGUACGCCUCUCGAAAAUCGACCGCGACUUCCCCGCAUAGCCCUAAGCAAGCGGAAUCGGGCUGUCGUGAGGGCUCUGAACCCAAUGCUGGUGACCUAUUUGGAAGCCAGCCGGGACCUUUGCGAGACGGACUCAAUUCUCUUUGGCGCCGCACUGGCAGUCUGCCGUAUUAUAGGCGCCAAACUUUCCACGGCUGGACGCACUACUGGACAAAGUAGUGCUAUCCCAGCCUGGAGAACAAGAAUUGAAGAACGUAUCGCAAAGGCUAGGGCCCUCAUCGGCAGACUGAUAUGCUUCAGGUCAGGCAAUACCAGGCCAAGGAUUGUGCGCACCGUCAGGAUGGCGUUUGCUGGGACAAAUGUUAGUUUGUCCCAGCCGGACAUAAUGCAAAAACUGACGGAGCGCAUAGACGACCUGAAGCAGAGAAUCGCUGCUUGGGGAAAGCGAAUUCGGCGAUAUACCGAGAGGUCGACACGGUUCAACCAGAAUCGUCUCUUCCAGAGUGAUCAGAAGAGGCUCUAUAAAUCAUUGGAGCGACCAAUGGUAAGUGGAACGGGCCCAGUACCGAAUCAGGCCGACACGGUCGCAUUCUGGCGCAGCCUGUGGUCAGAGCCCGUAAACCACAACGAGGGCCCUUGGACGGAAGUUGUGGCGAGUCAGUGUGCGGGUAUUACGCCCAUGGACCCCGUCACCAUAACGCCGGAUGACGUAGCUGAGGCGGUCCGUAGGGCCCCGAACUGGAAAAGUCCGGGACUCGACGGGCUGCAUCACUACUGGCUGAAGGGGUUCGUGUCCACUGGAAGUAAUACAAAUGAAUUACUAGGUGAUAUAUCUGGUGAGCCCAGGGACAAGUUUGAGGAGCGGUUUUGA